UAGAAAAGCAGGAAGUUUAGUGAGUUACUGACGCAGCCUGUAGUCAUGGUGUGAGAGCACAGACGUUAGUACCAUUCUGAGAUUGUAUGUAAGAGGGGCUUAGCAUUUACAGCAAUCGUGCUUUGUAGGACAGAGGAAUAGUAAGAACAUGAGCUCCUACACAGACCAACAACCAUAUUUUAGCUUUGGAGUCAUAGCGGAUGUUCAAUAUGCUGAUCGGAAUGAUGGACUCAGUGGCUGGUGCUCCAUGAGAUACUACAGGCACAGUUGCAUCCACCUGAGAAGUGCCAUUGAACACUGGAACAUGGAGGAUACUGUCCCCAAGUUUGUGUUGCAACUUGGAGAUAUCAUUGAUGGUUCCAACAGAAAAUUAUUAACAUCAGAAAAAUCACUUGACACAGUACUAAAAGAGAUUGAGAAUGCAAAGAUGCCUUUCCACCACAUCUGGGGAAAUCAUGAGCUCUACAACUUUAAUCGGGAUUACUUAAAAGACACAAAACUAAAUACAACUUGGAUGCAGGACAAGCAACAUAAUGUGAGUCAUGAAGGAAACCCAGACACCUGUGACUAUUAUGCUUAUCACUUCAGUCCUCAUACUAAAUUCCGCUUCAUUCUAAUCGACACCUAUGAUUUAAGUGUUCAUGGCAGAUCAGUGGACAGCCCUAGCCACCAAAAAUCUGAAGACUUCCUAGACAACAGUUACCUCUUGAGCAGCAAUGGCUCUGAGAAACCUCACUUGAGGGAGUUUAAUGGAGGAAUGGGCAGUAAGCAGCUGGAGUGGCUGGAUCAUGUCCUCACAUACUCUGACAAAAAUAACGAGAAAGUAAUAAUCGCUGGACACGUUCCUAUCCACCCGGCAGCUAAACCCAGUUACUGUUUGGCAUGGAACUAUGAAGACAUUCUCAAAGUAAUCCGGUCACACAAGAGUGCGGUUUGUUAUCUUGCUGGACAUGACCACAGUGGGGGAUACUACUUGGACUCCUAUGGGCUACACCAUAUCACGAUGGAAGGGGUCAUUGAGUCACCUCCUGGCACCAAUGCAUUUGGAACUGUCUAUGUGUAUGAAGAUGGUAUGGUCCUUAGAGGAAGAGGUAGAGUGAAGGAAAGAAUCCUCCCAUACAGAACGCACACUAAACACAGGGAUGCUUGUUUUAAAUGUUCUUGCGCCUCUGCCACAGAGGACAUAAGAUAAGAGCUCUGCACUCUUACCGUUCUGGUGUGUUGGAGUUUCAAUUACACAUCUCUUACUCAAUUUGUGGGUGACUGCAGCAGGUUGAACAUUGAAAAUCAUUGUAAACAGUAGAGAGAUCAGAUAUGUAUUUUUAUUAAGUGUAUUUGACCAGGGUAGAGGCACCUAUUACAACGUAUGUGGCCAAUUUAAAGCAAUUUCAAUUAUCCUUAAAAGAGUGGCUGGUAGUGAUGAGCAACUGGUUUGUUCCGUGGAGUAUUUUCCUCACUCCACAUUUACAUACCCUCCAACAUUUUACAUAUAAAAAUCGGUACAAAUUAGAAAAUGGGGGGUGCCCGCUGGUAAAGGCCCUUUUCCUAUACUUUCAAUGGAAGUUUGGAGAGCCAAAAAUCGGUACAGACCAUAAAAAAAGGUACUGUACCUGCUAAAAAGGUCCAGUUGGAGGGUAUGCAUUUAGUAACAGAGUUUAGCAUACUUCUCUGGUUGAAUGUGACCUAAAGUGUUCCCAGACCUACACUGAUCACAUCACAGUAGAAUGAGAUGACCGUUGUCGCCAAAGCUAGUCUGUGAAAUUCAAAGUUCUAAAUUCCUUGUGAUGGUGAAACCAAAACUGAAAUGGAAGACUGUGUCACUAGUACUUCUCCUGAUAGUAAUCUGUGGUAUGGCCUGUUCUGCCGCAAAACUCUACCGGCUAUUCCUGGACAUACCCAGCCAUUAUAAGUGGUGACAUCAGUGAUUAUUCAUUAUACAUUGUUGUAAAGUCACUUAUGUUAGUAUUCCAAAAGUAUCUACAUAAUCUGUAAAGGUAAGAUGUAACAACUAAUGCAUUGCAAAAUAGUAACCAAAACAGUACAUAGCAUAUUAAACAGUAAAAGACCUUUCAUCUACUGUAUGUAUCACCACAGACACAAUAUGCAUCUUUUCAUCAUGCUUUGUCUUGUAUAUGAUAUUCCACAAUAACAACAAUUACAUACUGUAUAGCAGAGCUGGCCAAACCAGUCCUCGAGAUCUACCAACAGUUCACAUUUUCCAGCCCACCUAGCUGGUGCACAGGUGUAGUCAUUAAUAAUUAAUGUGCUGCAUUCAUUCCUAACUGACAAUUCUACAGGUCUCCAGGAGGCCUGGAAAACAUGAACUGUUGGUAGAUCUCGAGGACCGGUUUGGCCAGCCCUGCUGUAUAGUCAUUAUUUAUAGCAUAUGUCUUUAGAUUUAUAUACUCUUGUAGGAUUGUAAGCUUACCUCUUUGUUUGAUUGUUAAUACCCAGGGAGGUAUUUAUCAAAGUUUGGAGAGAUAAAGUGGAGAGAGAUAAAGUAUUAACUAAUCCACUUCUUUACAGGCAGUGUUCAAAAAAUGACAGGAGCUGAUUGGUUGUUACUUUAUCUCUCUCCAAGCUUUGAUAAAUACCCCCCAAUUUUGUUUAUCACUGUAUUUCAGUGGAAUAUUCUGGUGCUAUAUUACUAAAUGUUGAAAAUAAUAAUAACAACAACAACAACAACAACAACAACAACAACAACAACAGUAUUAACAACACCCAUAAAAACGUUAUAUUCUUGAGGUACUUAAGGUAAAUAUGCAUGGGUAAAUAUGUUUAUUAAAACCAAAGUCUAGUGUUUUUCCUCCUGAUAUACUACAAAUUAUGGCUCUAAAGCGUUCCUGUAUAUAUUAUCAACAACUACUCUAAAUAUUACUUAAAUGUAGUGUGGCAGAGACAGCAAUUUUCCAUGUGAAAGUAAUGUGGAGGAUCCAGACCAGGUUUUAGAAGCAGUAGCAGACUCCCAGGUGUGUGAUCAGCAGCACCUGGGAUUUCCUGAUAUAAGGGUUUCCAGGACAGAAUCACCUUGCUCUUGAUGGUGGAAUAGCUACCCAAGUGAUAGGCCGGAUUGUGUGGGUUAGACUAGGGACCACUGGAGCUUAUCAAGAGUCUGCUAUGCUAUGAGUACCUGUAUGCUACUGCCUGUAAUACUGACUGUAUGGAAUCAACUUGCUAUGUGGUGACCUGCUGUGCAAAAUAAACAUCGAAAGUGUUCAUCGGA